UAUAACUAGGUCACUCCUCCCAUUGUUCAUAAUUCAUUCACACUAUACCAUUCCUUCCUUCAUCCCAAAAUGGCUUUCAACAACGCCCAACUUCAUCAUGUUGUCGUGUUAAAAACCCAAGGGUUUCGUAAUGCCAUUGUUCACUUUAGGUAUCUUUGUUAUUUCCGUGAUCGUCCCAUAUAUCCAUCCUUCACCAUCUCACCUUCCGCAUUAUCUAAGUAUGACAUGUACAUUCCAUCUCUCCUCAUUGGACUUGGAUGGAGCUCGUUGAGCGAAGAUCAACCAUUUCUUCAAUGUCUUGCGGCCGACAGGAUGUUUUAUGUCAAUCUUCCGCGGGGACGUGGUGUUGAACCCCGUCCCUUCACCACCGUGGUCUAUAACUAUGAAGUCAUUGUCUCUCCUGAAUUGCUCGCCACCGUUCUUCCCUACCUCACUCCGGAUAUCAGGCCAGUUUUGACAGGGAGGGGAGAAGCUAGCUGCUUCGUUUUCUCUGCUGAUGGCGCUAUUGAUGGCUUAGUUUCAUCCCUGAAUCAAGCUGCAGUGACAACCAUUGAUAGUGAAAUCAAGCGAAGCAAGGAGGCUGGAAGUGGAGUGACUAUGACUCUGCUAUUGUGCAAUGAGCAUCUUGAGCUACUGGAAUAUGACGACAUAGAACCUAAUACGGAUUAUUUCAAUCUUAUCACACCCGACUCCAGUUCUGAAGAUGAUAUCUUAGACUAUGAGUUACCUCCCAACUAUCUGUUCUAGAGAUCUUGUCAUUAAGCUUAGGGGGAGCAAUAGUAAUUUGUCUAUGAUUGCUUAGUAGUGUCAAGUCUGCUUUUUUUUGGAACUCUGUUUUGAUUUGAAGUGUCAAGUAUGUUGCUUGUGUUCGUUGAAUGUCUUAGAUUUGUAGUUAUUGAGAAUUUUCAAAUAAAAUGAAAUAAGGGCU